CUUGAAAAGAUGACGGAUCUGGAGGCGGACUCGAAAGGUCACGAAAGCGACGACGAGCGAAGUGUGUCGGCUUCGAACGAUUUCGUGCCUGGCAAAUCUGAAAGAGGUGACACGGUUGGCAAAGGUGAUGAGAGCGAAACCAGAUCGAGAACCGAAUCGAAGCGCUCAGCUGCCUCUGAGCGUGACAGCCACAGAAGUGAUACCAUCGGUAAAGAUGAUGAGAGCGAAACCAAAUCAAGAACCGAGUCGAAGCGUUCUGAGCAUGAAGAAAGCGAUGAGCACAGCAGUGAUGAUACGCUUGUUGAUGAUGAGGUGAAAGAUGUUGCAAAAGACGUAAAACACAAGGAACAUCGGAAAGGCAAUAAAGCAUUUCAUGCGCUUCGAAACGAUCAACUGGAUAAAGUUAUUGACGAAUAUAAGUCACAAUUUUCCAAACCCGAAAGCAUCGGAGAUGCGGCUUCAAUGCACAGUGCAAUGCAACAGGUUGUUACUUCGUGA